CCUCGUGAUUGGCUACAAGGCGGGUCUAGCUAUGAAUGAAUACAGGAAGUGAGUAGCAUGAGACUGCAAUUUAGCGUUCGUCUGAGACGUCUACCGAGUCUGAGUACCUUAUCAGCAUUAUCUCACAGCCAAGAUGGUGGAUUCUCUGUACUACCUCCCAAAUGAUAUUGGUGUCUCUGCACUUAACUGCAGCGAGGCCUUUCGUCUGCUUUCACCUCAAGAGAAGAUGUAUGCACAUUAUCUUUCCCGGGCCACUUGGUAUGGUGGCUUGAUAGUGCUGCUGCAGACAUCCCCAGAGUCUGCAGACAUAUUUGUCCUGCUGCAGAGAAUCUUUAGGAAGCAGACACCAGAACAGCUGGAACUGGUUGCUAAAGCUGCUGGCCUUAGCUCUGAUGAGUACCAGGCCUUCCUGGUGUAUGCAGCAGGUGUGUAUGCAAACAUGGGAAACUACAAGUCUUUUGGAGACACCAAAUUCAUUCCAAAUCUAACAAAGGACAAACUAGAGACUCUGGUGAAGGCCAGCCAGGCAUUUCAGGAGAAACCCAGUGAGAUGCAGGCUCUGUGGGACGGCUGCUCGUGUCUUAUGUUCUCCCUAAAAGACAGACAGAAGCAGCUUGGCCUGGGUGACAAGGGAAUUACCACCUAUUUCUCAGGGAACUGCUGUCUGGAGGAUGCAGAGCUGGCUCAGAGGUUCUUAGACUCAAAAAAACUGUCUGCCUACAACACGCGUCUGUUCAAGAGGGACAAUGAAGGGAAAACCUGUUUUGAAGUGCGUUUGGCUUCAGUUGAGCAGAAAGAUUGUGCCCUAGAUGGAGAGUGCACGUCGUGCUGUGGCAGCUUCAGCUUUGAGAACAAAGAGUUUGUCGUGAAGAGGGGAGAUUACAGUCCCCUUUUGGAGAAAGUCUGUCAUUUCCUCCAACAAGCACAGGCCUACGCUGCUAAUGAGAACCAGAGGAAGAUGCUGGAAGAGUACCAGCGCAGCUUCACCUUGGGUUCUAUCGAAGCCCACAAAGAGGGCUCGCGUUACUGGAUCAAAGACAAGGGACCGAUUGUUGAGAGUUAUAUAGGUUUCAUUGAGAGCUACAGAGACCCGUUUGGCUCCAGAGGAGAGUUCGAAGGUUUUGUCGCGGUCGUGAACAAGGCGAUGAGCGAGCGUUUCGCUAAGCUGGUGGGUUCGGCUGAAGUCCUGCUUCCUGAGCUGCCUUGGCCCCGAGAGUUUGAGAAGGACACGUUCCUGAAACCAGACUUCACCUCGCUGGACGUCCUCACCUUCGCCGGGAGUGGAAUACCAGCUGGCAUCAACAUCCCAAACUACGAUGACAUCAGACAGUCUGAGGGCUUUAAAAACGUGUCUCUUGGCAACGUGGUUGCCGUAUCUUACGCUACAAAGAAAGAAAAACUCACUUUCCUUGAGGAGAAGGACAAGGAUUUGUUCAUUAAAUGGAAGGGUCCAUCCUUUGAGGUACAGGUUGGACUUCAUGAGCUGCUGGGUCACGGCAGCGGGAAGCUGUUUGUCCAGGACGACGACGGCAAGUUCAACUUUGAUCGGAGUGAGGUGCUCAACCCAGAGACCGGGGAACCGGUGUCCAGCUGGUAUCGGGGAAGCGAGACGUGGGACAGUAAGUUCUCCACCAUCGCUUCUUCUUAUGAGGAAUGCCGCGCGGAAUGCGUUGGUCUCUAUCUGUGCCUCAACAAACAAGUGCUGAGCAUCUUUGGUCAUGAAGACCAGGAUGCAGAGGAUGUGGUGUAUAUGAACUGGCUGAGCAUGGUCAGAGCUGGACUGUUGGGCCUGGAGUUCUACACACCUGAGAGCAAGGGCUGGAGACAGGCUCACAUGCAGGCCCGUUUCGUCAUCCUGCGCGUUCUGCUGGAAGCCGGAGAGGGUCUGGUGGGUCUAGAGGAAGUGACUGGCGAGGACGGCAAGCCUGAUGCACGGAUCACGCUGGACCGCAGCAAGAUCCAUACAGUGGGCAAGAGCGCCAUCCACAGGUUCCUUUGUAAACUGCAGGUUUUAAAGUCAACAGCUGACGUGGAAGGAGGCAGGGCCUUUUAUCAGCGUUACUCCGACGUCAGCGACGAGGGUGCUCACAACUUCCUGAGACUGCGGGGCAUCGUGCUGCUGAGGAAGGAGGAUCGCAAAAUGUUCGUUCAGGCCAACACCAGGGUCAACGGAGACAAUGUGGAGCUGGUGGAGUACGAGGGCAGCGCGGCCGGUCUGAUUCGCUCCUUCACCGAGCGCUUCCCCGAGGACGCGGAGCAGGUGGAGGCCGACCUCUUGGCUCUGAACACCAGAGACGCCCCUUGCUGGUGCUGAUGACUAAACUGGUGCAAAACUUUGUAAAACUCAUUUAUUUUUUACUUACUUAUUAAACAAGACCUAAGAGAAGGUGAUAAAACUAAAGUUCUGCUGAUAAAAAAGCAUUAAGUGUGGAAAAGAUGAUUACAUUUAGAGUCUGAGGUCACUGGAUCGGCCACAAGCUACAUCUGUGAUCACACAAUUCAUACUGGGAACUUUGUUAAAAACGUAAUUCUUGGACAAAAAUGUUAAAACACCUGAAAUCUCUAUGUAGAUUUAUCAAAUGAAACACCGGAUGGUUGGACUGAUGGUUUCACGGGGUCUGACUGUUAACUGGUUAUAAAAAAGCAACAGAAAGAAAAAAUAAUCCACUUUCUUCUCCAGGUCUGAUGUGAAUUAGCUGAGUAAAUCUUUUUCUGUGUAAACCCUUUGUAUGAAAUGUGACGAUAAAGCAACCCAAAUAAAAUGUUUGAUUAAA